UUCCAAACAGCACCUGAGAGCCAGCUGCGGAACGAGCAGCAAAGCCACCUCUGGCCCUCCUCAGGCCACAGUCACCACUCGCCACGCCUUCGCCGCCUAUAAACCGCCACCACUAGUUCCCCCCGAGGACCACCACAGCCCACGCCCACGACGCGCGGCGGGGACGGCACGGCGACGCUCUUCCUCCUCCUCCUCCUCCUCCUCAUCUCGCCGCCCCGCAAGCAAUGGCGGUGGCGCGGCUGCGCGCGGCGGCCGCCGCCCGGCUGCCGCCGGCGCUCUCCCGCGGAGAGAGGCGGCCGCUCGGGACGGCGGCGGAGGUGGCCACGACCGCGGGGCCAGGGGCCGCGAGGUGGGAGCUCAUGGGGGCGCGGGAGUACUACGACUACCGGCGGGCCAUCUACGGCGACAUCACGCAUAAGGCCAUCCUCGUCGACGCCGCCGGCACGCUGCUCGCCCCCACCGAACCCAUGGCCCAGGUGUACAGAACGAUAGGCCAGAAGUAUGGAGUGGAUUAUUCAGAGGAUGAGAUUCUGAUGCGGUAUCGCCGGGCUUAUGCGCAGCCAUGGGGUAGAUCACGUCUGAGGUAUGUUAAUGAUGGAAGGCCCUUUUGGCAAUACAUAGUGAGUUCAUCCACUGGCUGUUCAGAUCUACAGUAUUUUGAGGAACUGUAUCAGUACUAUACAACUGAAAAGGCUUGGCAUCUCUGCGAUCCAGAUGCUGGACGUGUUUUUGAGGCAUUGAGGAGGGCUGGUGUCAAAACAGCUGUCGUGUCCAACUUUGACACUCGUCUUCGGCCACUUCUACAAGCACUGAAAUGUGACGGCUGGUUUGAUGCAGUUGCUAUAUCUGCUGAGGUUGCCGCAGAAAAGCCAAACCCUACAAUAUUCUUGAAGGCUUGUGAGCUGUUGGGAGUGAAACCUGAAGAAGCUGUGCAUAUUGGUGAUGACCGUAGGAACGACGUAUGGGGAGCAAGGGAUGCAGGCUGCGAUGCCUGGCUUUGGGGCAGUGAUGUGUACUCCUUCAAGGAGGUUGCAGAGAGGAUCGGGGUUGAGGUGUAGUAAGUGUUCUCCUGAGCCGUAAUAGGAGUCAUCCGAGCUUGUACAUAGUGUCAACGCCACUUACCAAGGGCGUCUUGUACAUAUUUCCAAGGGAAAUAACAAGAGCAGUUUCUCUCUGUGUGCGACUAUGCCAGGCAUUUUGUAGCAAAUACUGAUGUUUAUGUAUACAUUUAAAUGUUCAGUUAACCACCUGUUAGUUUCCUGUGUUGCGGCUGUGAGCUGUAGAAUACACUUUGUGAGACCCCUACGGCACCUUUCAUAUUUCAUCUUUCGUA